AUGUCUACUUUGGAUGACACUCAAGAAUCAACAUACGUUGCUGAUUCAGACUCUACUGCUUCAUCGAAUACCGGCCAGCUGAAAAGUUUAAUCGAAGAAGUCCGGAAGAUUCGUCCCAAGCUCUUUCAAUUUAUGUACAAUUAUGGUCAACAACGAGAGGAAAUCGAACUAUUAGAGGAGCAGAACGCAGAGCUCGAAAAGAAGAUUGCCGAACUCACCGUGGUCCAACCAGAGUCAUCCUUUUCACAUGUAUCAACGAGCGACAAUGGAAUGAGCAAUAAAAUCACUUGGGAUUCUGAUGCCUUGUCGAAUCUUCUGGAGUUUGCAAGACUUCCACCUUCCAUCGAUCAAAGAUAA